AUGCCUGUUAUAACAAAUACAAUGAAUAGUGUUUUGGGGCGUACAAAUAAAAUAAAAUCAGAAAAGCGAACUUUUCGUCAACCUCCAGUAAGUACAGGAAUUCGAUGUUAUCCACUUCGUAUUGGUCCUGGUGUUGAAUUACUUUCAACAAUUCAUGAUUUAAUGGAAAAUAUUGGUGUAAAAUCAUUAUUUAUUUUAAGUUGUGUUGGAAAUUUUUCAGAAUGUUUAUUAAAUUGUGGUCAAUUAAACAACAAAGAAUGUGAUAUUGUAUCUUUAAAUGGAACAUUUGAUCAAGAAUCUGAUCACAUAAUGGGUUCAUUUGCUGAUUCUGAAACAGGUGCAUUAAUUGGUGGUCGAGUUCGUUCUCUUACUAUUCAUAGAACAUGUGAAUUAAUGUUAGCUGAACCCCUUGAUUGUAUAUUUUUCCGAGAAUUUGAUCCAAGAACUGGAGAAAAUGAAUUGAAUGUUAUACGUAAACGUGCUACUGACGGAUAA